AUGUUCUUGACGCGUUCUGAAUAUGACCGUGGAGUCAACACUUUCUCUCCAGAAGGCCGUCUAUUCCAAGUCGAAUAUGCUAUGGAAGCAAUCAAAUUGGGAUCCACAGUCAUUGGCAUACAAACAUCAGAAGGUGUUGUUCUCGCAGUCGAGAAACGAGUCACUUCCAUCUUGAUGGAACCAAGCUCAAUUGAAAAGAUCAUGGAAAUUGAUGCUCAUUUGGGUUGUGCCAUGUCUGGUCUGACGGCUGAUUCAAGGACUAUGAUUGAUCAUGCCAGAGUUGAAGCUCAAAAUCAUUGGUUUACAUAUGACGAGAAAAUGAAGGUGGAGAGUGUCACUCAAGCUGUCUGUGAUUUGGCAUUGAGGUUUGGAGAAAGUGCUGACGGUGAAGACUCCAUCAUGUCGAGGCCAUUUGGUGUCGCACUUUUGAUUGCUGGUAUAGAUGAGAAGGGACCACAAUUAUAUCAUGCUGAUCCAUCAGGCACAUUCAUGAGAUAUGAUGCCAAAGCUAUUGGAUCUGGCUCUGAAGGUGCUCAAACGGAAUUACAAGAACAAUACAACAAGUCAUUGACAUUACGAGAGGCACAAGUGCUGGCACUCAAAGUACUAAAACAAGUCAUGGAGGAAAAGCUCAACUCAACCAAUGUCCAAGUGGCUACAGUUACACCCAAGGAUGGAUUUAGGAUUCAUGGUGAAGCUGAAUUGGCUGAAGUUGUCAAAACAUUGUAG